GUGACUAAGGACGGAGUCCCUGUCAUCUUUCACGAUAAUCACAUCCUCACUGCAGACGGGCUUGACUGCAAGAUUUCCGACCUCACACUCACCGAGUUCCAGGCAAUCGGACCGUCCCAGACCCCCGGAAAGAUGGGCAGGCAGCUCAUCAGGAGGCGCAGGGAUGGCAGCACGUACACGUGGAGGGCAGAGGAGGAGGAUGCAAUGCCGACCCUGGUUGACCUGUUUGACCGCGUUGACCCAUCCAUAGGGUUCAACGUGGAGGUCAAAUUCGCUGCUGAUGAUUCCAAGGAUGCUGGAGGGGCUGCUGAGAUUGACAGAAUCCUCUCUGCCCUGCUCCCUGUGGUGGAUUCGCACUGCGGGUCGCGGCCUCUCUUCUUCUCCUCCUUCAUGCCAGACGCUGUCGUGGAGCUCAAGAAGAGGCAAUCCAAACACCAGGUCCUCUUUCUGACGGUGGGGUGCGGCAGCUUCAGUGACGAGAGAAUGAACUCGGUGCAAGCUGCUGUGGCGCACUGCAACGCCCGAUUCUCAUGUUCCUCACCAUCCCACCCACCAACCCACGUGCUUCGCAUAAUUCCACCCACCACCAUUGUCCUUCAUCCCACCACCCUUUGCUCCUCGUCAUCCCACCACCCUGUGCUCCUCGUCAUCCCACCACCCUGUGCUCCUCGUCAUCCCACCAACACUUGCGUAUACAACCUGUGCUCGGAGCAGUGGUACGACCCGUCGUACUUCGGCAGGCGCGUGGAGCGGUUUCCGUUCGACGACCACGGCGUGCCGGCGCUGGAGCUGGUGCGGGCGCUGUGCGAGAGCGCGCAGGACUGGCUGGACCGCUGCCACGACAACAUCAUCGUCGUGCACUGCAAGGUUCGUUGGCCCGUCACCUUCCAGCCUGCUCUCGCAACACCGCCACACGUCAGCAAGCUGCUCGCCCUCCUCCUCCCCGCUCAUCAGCCCCAACCUCGGCGCCUGCAGCCGCAGAUCGACCUGCAAUUCCUCAAGCCACUUGGGAGGCCGUUCCUUCCUGGGAUUGGCCUUCCUUCUUCAGCCCGGCAGUCUCACCUGGCCCUAUUCUCCGCCGAAUCCCCUCCCGCAUCCGACUCCUCAUUCUCGAUGCACUUCUCAUUCCACUGCGCCGCCUUGCACAACAUCCUUCUGACGUCGCUGCACACCUCAUUCUCUUGGCAUUUCCGCGUCUCCUACUGCGCCUACCUUCUGCCGCUGCUCCCACACAGCCCCUUACCUCUUCAUGUGCUGCCUUAG